AUGUCUACAACAUAUUUAUCCGGAGAAGAUUUAGAUGAAACUCGUAGAACUGCGUUGGAAAAAAUUGAUAAUGCUAAAUUCGGAUGGUUUCAUAUCCGCGCAUGUUUAGUCGCUGGAAUAGGAUUCUUUACGGAUGCUUAUGAUUUAUUUUCUAUUAAUUUGGUUUCGGCAAUAUUGGGGUAUGCUUAUUUCGGUGAUGUAAAUAACAAUGAAGUUCCAAUUAAUAUUGAUUCUGGAUUAAAAAUAUCGGCUGCUGCUGGCACUAUGUUUGGUCAAUUGAUUUUCGGGUGGAUGGCCGAUCGGUUCGGUCGAAAGAAGAUGUAUGGAGUUGAACUUAUUAUAAUCAUCUUAGCCACCAUUGGAACCGCGGCUUCACCUAGUCAUUCACAAAUUGAUAUGUACACGAUAAUUAUGACAUGGCGUGUAUUACUCGGUCUUGGUAUUGGUGGCGAUUAUCCUCUCUCGGCGGUUAUAACAAGUGAAUUUGCGAGUAAAAAUAGACGUGGAACAAUGAUGGCAGCCGUCUUUGCGAUGCAAGGGUUCGGAAUCUUGGCUGCCGGGACGGUAUCGUUAAUCACGUUGCUUGCUUUUCGAUCAGCCAUUUCAUCAGAUCCGCAAAAUCUUGAUUACGUUUGGCGUAUCAUCAUUGUGGCCGGUACGAUUCCUGCCAUGAUAGCACUUUACUUUCGUUUGACGAUACCGGAAACUCCAAGAUUCACAAUGGAUGUUCAAGGGGAUAUUGAUAAAGCAACGCAGAACAUUCAUUCAACGUUAGAACAUGGAAAAUACAUUGAAAAAGAUGACAUUGACACGGAAUAUAGAGCCAUAAUACAACGUGCUACGUGGAAAGAUUUUAUGAAUUAUUUUGGGAGGUGGGAAAAUGGCAAAGUUUUACUUGGUACUUCGGUUGCUUGGUUUGCACACGACGUGGCUUUUUACGGUAUGGGGUUAAAUAACGCCAUUAUAUUAGAAGCAAUCGGUUUUGCAAAAACUCCAGAUACGUAUCAAUCUUUAUAUAAUAUUUCACUUGGAAAUAUUGUUAUAACCCUUAUGGGUACAAUCCCUGGAUAUUGGUUUACCGUCUUCUUUGUUGAUUCCUUUGGUAGAAAAUUCAUUCAAUUACAAGGAUUUGCUAUGCUUACAUUCUUAUUCAUGAUUAUUGGUUUCGGUUAUAAAGAAAUCAUCGCAAAAUCAACCACCUUGUUUAUAAUUCUUUAUUCCUUUUCUCAAUUUUUUCAAAAUUUUGGACCAAAUGCAACUACAUUUAUCAUACCAGGAGAAGUUUUUCCGACAAGGUAUCGUUCAACCGGACAUGGAAUUUCUGCUGCUGCUGGUAAAUUAGGGGCUAUAAUAUCUCAAAUCGGAUUCCUUAGGUUGAAAGAUAUAGGAGGGAGAAAUCAAUUCGUUAAUCAGUUAUUCCUAAUAUUUGGCUUAUUCACUUUGAUCGGGUUCUUAUUUACGUUUUUAAUACCCGAGACUAAGGGUUUAUCCUUGGAAGAAUUAUCAAAUGAGGGUCAAAAGGGUUUUAUUAGAUCUGCUAUAAGUUCAAAUGAUUCAAGAGAUACCAAUGAUCUUUAUUUAAGUGAAAUUAAAGAUACGAAACCUUGGUAUGAAGAUGACGGGGAUAUUAUUGAAAAAUGA